AUGCUCGGCCCCCGGGUGGCAAAGAAACGCAGCUCCGGGAGGCAAGUGACUGCUGCAAGUGCUUCUCCAUGCAAGCUGCGAAGUGCCAUGGAAGACUCUGAGGAGCGGAGUGCCGAAGAGCUGGAGCUGGAGGCGGAGAUCCGCAUGAUUGAGCUUGACAUCGCUGCCUUUGACAAGAAGGAGGCUCAGCGCCGCGCGCGAGCAGCCUUGCGCGACGAGCUUGAGGCUCAAGAGCAGCUGCUGGAAGCUUGGCAGGCUAGCCUGGCAGAUCUGCGGCGGGAGCGUCACGAGGCAGAGGCCGAGUACCUCUUUGCCACUAAGGAGGACCGGCGCGAGGAGGCCCGGCUCAAAGCAGACUUUGAUGAGGCCAAGCGCCGCACCGAGGCGCUGCGGGCCCGCCUGGAGCGCUUAGAAAGCCUCGAGGCCGACAACGAGGACUUCGAGGAUGCAGCGAGGAACGGAGCUGAAGGCUGA